AUGGACUCCCACGAGUCAUUCUACGUCACAGACGACCUGGAGUUGUAUCCAGAGAUUGUGGGGCUGCAGCAGGUGCAGGUGGCGCCCCUCCCUGAGGAGAGCCUCUACGAGGAGACCCUCUACGAGGAGACCCCGACUGAGGAGAGCGUCUCUGUGGAGACCAUGGGGACUGAGGCGAUCAACGAAUACAAUGAUGUCGCCAGCAAUUGGUUCCACGGUGGCCACCACUAUCCACCUCUGAUUGCGCUGCAGCCUCUUUUUACAAACAGCCCAGCCCAAGGGGACUGCGACCAAGAAGUCAUGGUGCAGACGCAGGAGGAGGUGGUGACCUCCUCCCAAACCGAAAGCCUUCAGGCCGGUGACCAGACUAUCAUCCCAGGCCUCGACGACAGCUACUUUGAGCAGACCUUGGCUCCUCUGUCAGGCUCCAAGUCUUCCUUAGCCUGCAACCGCACCAGGAAGCCCAGCAGCCACGGCCAGAAACGCAACGGUAAGAAGGGUUACCCGGGCGGUGAGGUGACGGCGGCGGGAAGCAGCUCCGGGGCAGGCCCCAAGAAGUGGGAGCAGAAGCAGGUCCAGAUCCAAACCCUAGAGGGUCAGUUUUCUGUCACCAUGUGGUCUGCAACCAAUAAAAAAGACGCUGAGGCUGGACAGACUGAGAACUCAGUUCCUGAUUAUUCCGAGUACUUGACGGGUAAGAAACUGCCUCCUGAGGGAAUUCCUGGCAUUGAUCUCUCAGAUCCCAAACAACUGGCCGAAUUUACUAAAAUGAAACCUAAAAAACCCAAAGAUGAUGUGCCGAGAACAGUAGCUUGCCCUCACACAGGCUGCUUGAAGAUGUUCAGGGAUAAAGCUGCUUUGAAAAAACAUAUGCACACCCAUGGUCCCAGAGUUCAUGUCUGUGCAGAAUGUGGCAAAGCUUUUGUUGAGGGCUCAAAAUUGAAACGGCAUCAACUGGUGCAUACCGGAGAGAAGCCGUUUCAGUGCACCUUUGAAGGCUGCGGAAAACGCUUUUCCCUAGAUUUCAACCUGCGUACCCACGUGCGAAUCCAUACCGGAGAUAGGCCCUACGUGUGCCCUUUCAGUUGUUGUAAUAGAAGGUUUUCGCAGUCAACUAACCUGAAAUCUCAUAUCUUAACACAUACUAAGAAUAAAAAUAACCAGUAA